AUGUAUUUCCUCUUCACAAUCCGAGUGGGCGACUUGACCCUUCGAUACGUUCCAGAAAGCUCCCAAGACAAAAUUAUCUCUGAUGAAGAUGUCUUUGAAACACUACUGCAAAUAUUUAAAGCUCUGUUCAUAAAUGACUUCAGUAGACAAGCACAUAUUUUGGCCUUAUUUCCAGAAAUCAAAUGUAAAUAUCUGGAAUUACUGACUGUUGAGCAGAAGCGAUCAAAAGUAAAUUCUUGUGACCAUCAGAGUCAACAUGUGUUUAGUCCAGAGGAAGUUCUGUUUAAUACACUAGGGUUCAGUAUUACUCGAGACCGAAGUUCCCUGGUGUCUGCUGGAACUGGAGUCUUUGUUACCAAAGGUUUUGUACCGAAGGGGAUGGUUGUAUCUAUGUAUCCUGGUACGGUAUACAGAAAGCAUGAGCCCAUCUUUUUCCAGUCCCUUGGCAAUCCCUUUAUUUUUAGGUGCAUAGAUGGCGUCCUUAUUGAUGGGAAUGAUAAAGGACUGUCAAAAUCUGUGUACAGGUCUUGCAGCAGGAGAGAUCAACUUGGCCCAUUUCAAAUGAGCGAUGAGAGCUGGCUUACAGCUGCCCUGCAAAACCCACUGGCGGUGGGACAGUAUGUCAACAACUGCUCACAUGAAAAAGCAGCCAACGUGUGUUAUCAGGAGUUUGAUGUGCCGGGAUAUUUUCCAGUAGAACUGAAACAGUAUCUUCCAAACAUCGUCUACAGCCAUGACAUAGAGAGCCACCCAAGGUGUGUAGUGCUUGUCACUCUCAGAGACAUCAAGCAAGGAGAAGAACUUUUUUCUAAUUACUACACUGUUGUCAGCUGAAUUAGUAGAUUGAAGACUGAAGAAAUCUAUGUAAUUAAAAUACUCACUCUGUGUGUACUUCAAGCUUCAUGAGCAUUUUAACAUAACGAAGGGCUGUAGCUUUACCAUUUAGAAAGCAAGCGGCAGGCUUGUAUUUCCCUGAAGAUACUCCACAUGUGAUGCAGAGGUGAAGGUUUAACCAUUUACAUCAUUAGGUUGUCAGCUGUCUACUGUUGUUGAUAUUAUUGCUUAUUGGCGUUCAGCUGUCCAUACAAUAGCUCAUAAAAUAAAAACCUAAGUUCUGGACAUGUCAUUUAA